CUCCGUUUGGCCUGAGGGGGGAGAAUGUCAGUGAGGCGUCGAGAAUGGCGGCGGCUGCGAGCGAGAAGGAGGACGCAGCGGCAGCAGCGGCAGCGGGGUUUGUGAGUCCGUAGCCGGGGCAAGGCGGCCUGGCCAGGGAUGUUCGGGCGCUCGCGGAGCUGGGGCGGCGGCGGAGGGCACGGCAAGGGCGCCAAGAACAUCCACUCCCUCGAGCACCUCAAGUAUCUGUACCACGUUCUGACCAAAAAUACCACUGUGACCGAUCACAACCGCAACCUUUUGGUGGAGACCAUCCGCUCUAUCACCGAGAUCCUCAUUUGGGGAGACCAAAAUGACAGCUCAGUGUUUGACUUUUUCUUGGAGAAGAACAUGUUUGUCUACUUCUUGAACAUCCUGCGACAGAAGUCUGGCCGCUACGUGUGCGUGCAGCUCCUCCAGACUUUGAACAUCCUCUUCGAGAACAUUAGUCAUGAGACUUCUCUCUACUACCUGCUUUCCAAUAACUACGUAAAUUCUAUCAUCGUGCACAAAUUUGACUUCUCUGAUGAAGAGAUCAUGGCAUACUAUAUUUCGUUCUUGAAAACUCUUUCCCUGAAACUCAACAAUCACACUGUGCAUUUCUUUUACAAUGAGCACACGAAUGACUUUGCCUUGUACACAGAGGCCAUUAAAUUCUUCAACCACCCAGAAAGCAUGGUCAGGAUUGCAGUGAGAACAAUAACACUGAAUGUCUACAAAGUGUCAUUGGAUAACCAGCCUAUGCUGCACUACAUUCGGGAUAAAACCGCCGUCCCUUACUUCUCCAACCUUGUCUGGUUUAUUGGGAGCCAUGUGAUAGAACUGGAUAACUGUGUGAAAACGGAUGAAGAACACAGAAAUAGGGGGAAGCUAAGUGACCUGGUAGCGGAGCACCUUGAUCACCUUCAUUACCUCAAUGACAUCCUUAUCAUUAACUGUGAAUUCUUAAACGACGUAUUGACCGACCACUUACUGAAUAGCCUCUUCCUGCCGCUUUAUGUCUACUCCUUAGUGAAUCAAGAUAAGGCUGAGGAACGUCCGAAAAUAAGCUUCCAAGUUUCUCUGUAUCUCUUGUCGCAAGUGUUCCUAAUUAUCCAUUACCAGCCUCUAGUGAAUUCGUUGGCUGAAGUGAUUCUGAACGGAGACCUGUCUGUCUUUUUUUCAAAAGCGGAGCAGGACAUCCAGAAAAGCUCGGUCAAGACAGGCAUCCGAUGCUUCAUCAAGCCUACAGAGACUUUGGAGAGGUCUCUGGAGAUUAAUAAGCACAAAGGGAAGAAGAGGCUGCAGAAGAGACCCAAUUACAAAAAUGUUGGAGAGGAUGAGGAGGAAGAGAGGGGAGCGGAAGAUGCUCCAGAGGGCGUUGACGGUCCUUCAAAAGGCAUCAAGCCGAGCGGAGAGAGUGAAGAAAUUGAGAUGGUGAUCAUGGAGCGAUGCAAGUUGAUUUCUGUAACAGAGCAAAACAUAACGGAUGAAGAAAAGAGCGCAGGUUCUACGGAAAUGUCCAACUGGAACAGGCCUUUUCUUGAUAUGGUCUAUCACGCCCUGGAGUGUGCAGAGUUCGACUACUACGCACUGUUUGUGUUGUGCCUCCUGUAUGCCAUGUCCCACAAUAAAGGAAUCGAGCCAGUCACACUGGAAAGGAUCCAGCUCUCAGCCCAGGGAGCAGAAGAGAAGAACUCUUACAAUCACGUCCUUACGGAGAGGCUCAUCCGGAUCAUGAACUAUGCUGCCCAGCCAGAUGGCAAAAUUCGUUUGGCCACCUUGGACCUGAGCUGCAUCCUCCUCAAGCAGCUGGUGAUGACUAAACAUGGGAGCAUUAUAAAAGAUGUCCACCUUGCCUGUCUGGAAGGUGCAAGAGAAGAAAGCGUUCACUUGGUGCGACGUUUUUAUAAGGGAGAAGAAAUUUUUCUGGAUAUGUUUGAAGAUGAAUAUAGAAGCAUGACUCUGAAGCCCAUGAAUGUGGAAUACUUGAUGAUGGAUGCCUCCAUUCUGCUGCCACCGGCAGGGACGCCCCUCACAGGGAUUGACUUCGUGAAGCGGCUGCCCUGCGGAGAUGUGGAAAGGACACGGAGGGCCAUCCGCGUCUUCUUCAUGAUGCGCUCUUUGUCGCUGCAUCUCCAGGACGAGCUGGAGACGCAGCUGCCUUUGACCAGAGAGGAGGACUUAAUUAAAACAGACGACGUCCUUGACUUGAAUAACAGUGACUUAAUUGCUUGCACUGUGAUCACAAAAGACGGAGGUCAGGUCCAGAGGUUCCUGGCGGUGGAUAUUUACCAGAUGAGUUUGGUGGAGCCAGACGUCGCCCGCUUAGGCUGGGGAGUGGUUAAAUUCGCCGGUCUUCUCCAGGAUAUGCAGGUAACCGGUGUAGAAGAUGACAGCCGGGCCCUGAAUAUCAUCAUCCACAAGCCGGCCUCCAGCCCCCAUUCCAAACCUUUCCCGAUCCUCCAAGCCACCUUCAUUUUUUCUGACCACAUCCGUUGCAUCAUCGCAAAGCAGCGCCUGGCCAAGGGCCGCAUCCAGGCUCGGCGUAUGAAAAUGCAAAGGAUUGCAGCUCUUCUAGACCUUCCGGUCCAACCCGCCAACGAAGUGAUGGGCUUUGGGCAUGGCUCUGCUUCCGCUGCCCAGCACCUGCCGUUCCGCUUUUACGACCAAACCCGGCGUGGCAGCUGCGACCCUGCCGUCCAGCGCUCUGUCUUUGCUUCUGUGGACAAGGUCCCAGGUUUUGCCGUCGCCCAGUGCAUCAACCAACACAACCCCUCGCCGCUUUCAUCGCCGUCCCCUUCGUCCAGCGGGAGCACCGGACGCUGCGAUUCAGCCGCGGCCAGUUCCGUGUCAACCCCUUCGGUGGUCCAGAGCCCGUCAGAUGACUUAGCAGUCGUCGAACAGCCUCCGGCAGUGGCGUCCUCCUCUUCCUCCUCUAGCCACCAUUCGUCGGCAACGGACAAUUCCUCUGUAUAUACCUUGAAACCCAGCAAGAACCUGUCCGCAUCCCGGAUCCUGGCGGAAGGGGAGCCGCCCCACCUCUCGCCCAGCCUGAUCCCAGCCCCGCAGCCCACCAUCUCCCUCCUCUCCAGCGACAGCGCCGACACCCUGAGCGUCGACUCCCUGACGCUGGUCCCGCCGGUCGACCCGGACAGCAUCCUUGCCGUCAGCGUCGUCCUCCAGGCCUCAACCUCCGAGGCGGACGCUUGCGCAGAGACCGGCAGUGACGGCCAUCUGAGUCACCCGUCGGAUGCUGACGGAGAGUGACGGCCGGAGAAGAAGGAACUAGACGUGAGCCCCGUUGGGGAAGUUUCUGUUGAUAUACACUUCCCUCCACAACACAACUCUGUUGUCCUGGCCGCUUAACAACAAUAAACGCUCUGCAGUUGUUGUUUUGAAAGAGGAGACGUGGUUAAAACUGGAGCGGGUGUUGCCACACUGGCGUUGUGGUGGGGAAAUGGUUUAUGGGAAUGGAUUGUGGCUGGUGUCCUGGGAUUCCUCCCGUUCUUUUCUCCCAUGGUUUUCCUGUUUAAAAGCCACUUUUAAACAAUUUCCUUUGUCUGAAGAAGCUCUGUUCCAAUCCCAACCAAUUUUCUGUUUCUGGAGCAGAGGGCAGUUGUCCAAGGAACCUCAGCAGCAUCACGGGUCGCUCUCUGCCCCUUCCAGAUUUGGACAGACCCCUCUUCUCGUCUCUCUAGCCACAUUCACUUCAUUUUAUUCUCCUCCUCCUCCUCCUCCGUUUUCCCCCUACAACAACUUUCCAAGGCAUGAGUAGCCCGGGGAGAUGGAGGGAUUACCAGCCGAAAUUGGGCCGCUUGUGGUUGAUAGGACUGUAGACUUUAAUAUUCGACUUGUGUGUGUAUUUCUUUCUGUGCUAAUGAUUUAAACUUAAAAGUGGGAUGCACAUCUGUUGCGGGUGGGGAUUUGCAAACACACACACACAAUCUGGAAAUGGU